AUGAAGUUCAGAUUUGAACAGAGUCAGAUUCCUAUUGUCCACUUGAACAAUGCGAAGCAUCUUCGGUAUCUUUAUUUUCUGUUCUUCCCGGAGAAGAAGAGAGAGAGUCCCACAGUUUCUCCAAAGAAGAAUGAAGGCUCUGAUGGCAGUGGGUCGUCCGACUCAAUCGGAAAUAAAUUGAAGAAUGUGACAACAUACAUGGCGGAGUAUCCAGAUUUUCCUAUCACUUUUGAUAGGAAUUUCUGGAAUAUUCGAAAAGUUGUAAUAGAUGACGAGACUAAGUCAUUUAUCUCUAAUGUGAAAACCAUCCUGUUUUUCACAGACAUUACAGUCAUUCCGAGGAAGAAGAAGAAAUUUGACCAAGAGUUCAAAAAAUAG